AUGGCUGACGUCCAGCCUACCAAAAAACGGCGCCUUCUUGAUAUCACCAGCAAAGUCGAUUUCCAAGGUCCCGGACAGCAGGGAGCAGCUGCAGCUGUAGCAGCACCAGCGGGCACACUCACGGCGGCGUCGAUCGUCGUGCCGCCCAUUACACCACCCCGGCCCGAACUCGACGCGGGGGCCUGUGACAAUGAUGGCGAACUUGACGUACCGAGCGACGUCGAGGCGGCGGUGAUGCUACUGAAGGCUGAACUCUACGGCGCGGUCGCAGCUGCAGCGUGUGCCAAACAACGUCGCCCUCCCGCAGCCCAACAGCAGCAGCAGCAGCAGCAGCAGCAGCAGUCAGCGGCCUGGGGUGCGGGCGGGCUCCCUCCAUUCGUCCUCAAAGCCCACAUUUACACGGUGGUCUCAGAUCGCACGGCGGCAGAUCGCGAUCUAGACGACUUGCUGGCGCGCGGCCGCGCGCGCGCAUUCCGCCUGGCGACGGGUGCAGACGAACAUGUCGUGCUGCUAAUGAGCGAUUAUUUGGCCCUGAUAUCAUCAAUCAUUGCGCACAAGGAUGAUGAAGCGCGGCAGGGGCAGCUGCGGCAGCUGGAGGGACAGCGGGUCGAGGCAGCGGAACAGGCGGCGCCCGGCCCCGGCGCCCGCGCCGUCGUCACCGCGCCCGCGGCGGCCGCGGCGGCAGCGGCGGCGCUGCGGCGAUUCAGGGACCGCGUUGCGCCACGCUGCCGGGACGCGAGCAUCAGCGUGGAGCGGCUGCUGCAGCUGCUGGCAGGGCGCGAUGACAGCAGCAGCGCUGGCGGUGGCGAUGCCCCUGGCCGGCGGCUGUCCCAGCAGCAGCAACAGCAGCAGCAGCAGCAGCAGCCGCCGCAGCAGCAGCAAGGGCAGCGAGGGCAGCGGCAUCACCAUCAACAGCAGCCGGACGGAGCCAGGCGGACAGCAGCUCUCCCGCACGCCGGCAAACACGCCGGCCCCGCCGCCGCGGCCGCCGCCACCGCCCGGUCGGGCGAUGCAGAUGUCUCCCACCUGUUGGCGGCCGAGCUGCUGAGCCGCGACUCCCUGGUGCCGGGGCGGCUCACGUUCACGGUGCCCGGGGCGGGGCGGAUCGUGCGGUGGCUCGUGGACGGGCGGCAGGAGCUGACGCAGGCGCUCUCGAAGAAAAGGUUUGGGGAGGCGCUUGAGAAGGAGCUGCUGAAGCUGAAGCUGCGCCGCAGCACACUGGGAGUGAGGUUCCACCUGCGGGACCUGAUAGGGCGCGGCACCGCGGCGCGGGGCGACAGCCCUGCGGGCCCCGUCAUCCGGCUCGCGCGGCCGUGA